AUGCGUAGCCGGAACACGAGUCAGUAUCUCCUCCUCUACCAAAUCCCUCGGAGAUCUCUCAACAUCUUUCUGAUAGGGUUGGAGUUCCAAUGGGUUUCACGAGAAAGAAGAAAAGAAGCAAAGGAACUAGGAAGGAAGAGAUACGAAUGUGGAAGCAAAGUGGCUAAGAGUUUGAGUAAUUUGUAUGCUGAUGCAGAGACUCUUGAAAAAAUUGGGAAAGAACAUGCACUUGUUAUAUGCAAUCAUCGAAGUGACAUUGACUGGCUCAUCGGAUGGGUCAUGGCUCAGCGCGUAGGUGUUCUUGGAAGCACAAUAGCGAUCAUGAGGGAAGACGCCAAAUAUCUGCCAGUGAGUUUAUUUCUCAAUGAUUUUAGAGCCAUUCUCAAAGCUCUCACGUUUUCUUCUGAAACUGCAGGUUUUAGACAACUCAAGGACUUUGCUACACCGUUCUGGUUGGCUUUUUUCGUCGAAGGAACUCGAUUCAAUCAAGAAAACCUUGAAGCUGCUCAAGAUUACGCCUCUUUAAGAGGCUUACCAUCUCCUCGCAAUGUUUUGAUUCCUCGUACGAAAGGAUUUGUUUCUGCGGUGACUCACAUACGAUCGUUUGUUCCUGCGAUUUACGAUUGCACAUUUGCCGUUCGUAAGAAACAGCCUACACCAACAUUGCUUGGGAUGUUCGCUCGCCAAUCAUCUGAGGUGAAUUUGCAGAUGAGACGUCACAGAAUGAGCGAAUUGCCAGAAACCGAUGAUGGCAUUGCGAAAUGGUGCCAAGAUCUGUUCAUCACCAAGGAUGCUCAACUUGAAAACUACUUCACGAACGAUGUGUUCAGCGACUUGGAUGUCCACCAAAUUGGCCGGCCAAUCAAACCAUUAAUCGUGGUAAUAACUUGGUUCUGUCUCCUUAUAUACGGCGGUUUCAAGCUACUUCAGUGUCUCUCCAUGGUGGUCUUGUUGAAGAUCAUCUCUAUGUUUGUCUUCUUCUUGGUGAUUGCAACUUUAACUAUGGCAUUUAUGAUCCAAAGAUCUUCUAUAAGACAGCUCCCCAAAAGCCUCUACAAGAACAGCUUAUUCUUCCCGUUGUCCUUGGUUCUUAAUGUCUAA